AUGGAGUACUUCAUGGUGCCGGCGCAGAAGGUGCAGUCGCUGCAGCACUUCAGGAAAUCCGAGAAGGAGGUCAUCGGCGGGCUCUGCAGCUUGGCCAACAUCCCAUUGACUCCCGAGACUCAGCGGGACCAGGAGCGGCGGAUACGGAGGGAAAUUGCCAACAGCAACGAGAGACGGCGGAUGCAGAGCAUCAAUGCUGGCUUCCAGUCUCUGAAAACCCUCAUCCCACACACGGACGGGGAGAAACUCAGCAAGGCGGCCAUCCUCCAGCAGACAGCUGAGUACAUCUUCUCCCUGGAGCAGGAGAAGACUCGGCUACUGCAGCAGAACACCCAGCUCAAGCGCUUCAUCCAGGAGUUCAGCGGCUCCUCCCCGAAACGGCGACGAGCAGAGGACAAGGACGAGGGGAUCGGCUCGCCAGACAUCUGGGAGGAUGAGAAGGCCGAGGACUUGCGGCGGGAGAUGAUUGAGCUCCGGCAGCAGCUGGACAAGGAGCGCUCGGUCCGCAUGAUGCUGGAGGAGCAGGUUCGCUCUUUGGAGGCCCACAUGUACCCCGAGAAGCUGAAGGUGAUCGCCCAGCAAGUGCAGCUCCAGCAGCAGCAGGAGCAAGUGAGGUUGCUGCACCAGGAGAAGCUAGAGCGUGAGCAGCAGAUCCGAACCCAGCUCCUGCCAUCACAUGCUCCCCCAGCACCCACCCACCACCCCACCGUGAUCGUUCCAGCGCCGCCUCCCUCCCAUCACGUCACCGUGGUCACCAUGGGCCCGUCCUCAGUCAUCAACACAGUCUCCACGUCCCGGCAAAAUCUGGACACCAUUGUUCAGGCGAUCCAGCACAUCGAGGGGACGCAGGAGAAGCAGCUGCAGGAAGAGGAGCAGAGACGUGCUGUCAUUGUGACGCCGGCGCGUGCCUGCCCCGAGCCCUCCGCCUCCGACACCGCCUCCGACACCGAGGGCAACGACAGUGACUCCAUGGACCAGAGCAAAGAAGAGCCCUCAGGGGAUGGGGAGCUGCCCUGA